UUCGAUGCGAUCCAAAUGAUUCAGAAUUUUAGAAUGACGUCUUUACCCUGAAACUGUCUGUCGUGUCCAGGUGUCCAUAGAGUAUUACUCUAUGGUCGUUUCUGAACUCUUUAGUAUUACUACACUCGAACUUUUUUAGUUUCGUUCGAUUUUACUAAUACUGUUUUGCAAAUAUAUGACAUUAUGAAGGUAGUCGUUCAACGUGUUUCAAGAGCCAAGAUUUCAGUUGGUGGACAUGAGGUAAAUUCAAUCACUAAAGGCUUAUGUUUGUUGGUGGGUUUGCAGAAAACUGAUGAAAAAAAUGAUAUUGAUGCCAUGGUGCAGAAGAUAUUGAAGCUACGUCUUUUCGAUCAAGAUGAAAAGAAAUGGCAUUGCAAUGUAAUGGACAUGAGUUAUGAAAUAUUGUCAAUUAGUCAGUUUACUCUCUGCUAUAAACUUAAAGGAAACAAAUUAGAUUUUCAUAUGGCUAUGCCAGGAAAUCUCGCAAGGCAAAAUUAUCAAUAUUUUUUGGAGACUUUGGGUAAACAUUACAGCUCUAGUAAAAUUAAAGGUAAAGAAAAAUUUAUUGAAUAWAUAAUUUAAUAACCUAACCUGGAGAAAUUAUGACAAAAAUAAGAAAUUGUCAAACAAGUU